AUGGACGCCACCACGGUGCGGCCCUCACGCGCCAUCUGGCGGAGGGUCAGCGCGACGAAGAACGCUGAUGCGCUGUCGAGGCCGCUGGUGGGUUCGUCGAGGAAGAUAAGCGGGGGGCGUGUGAGUAUUUCCAGUGCGAUGGCCAGACGCUUCUUCUCCCCGCCGCUGAUCCCCCGUAGGUGCCAAUUGCCGAUGGGACGGUCGGCGCACUCCACCAGGCCCAUCUCUUCCAGCGUGCUCUCUACCACCGUCGUCACUUCUUUUCCUGGCACCCGCAGCCGCGCCGAGUAUGCCACCGUUUCCCGGACCGUCAGCGUGCCGAGGAACGUGUUCUCUUGUGUCACGUACGCCUGA